AUGGAUGAAUUCUCUCAUCAGCCUAGCUACUGCCUCUCCAGGAGGAGGCCUCCAGAGAAUUUGCCUUUGCUGCCUGGAGAUGAUCCUCGAGCCAUGGGAGAAACACAGAAAGAAGACAAGCUGCACAGGCCGCAUUCCAAUAGGAGUGAGGGUCUGGGAGAAGACACUAUCUGCAACCAGGCUCCGCCCGUAGACACUGAGAGCAGCAUGCAGCCUGCCAGAGAGGAUGGGGGCCAGGGAGAAGAUGGCACCAGCUGCUAUUGGAUUCUUUCUGUAGCCUCCGAGCAACAGCCCAAAGCCCCGCCUGUGCAGCCAAAGGUCCUGCAGAAGAAGGAUGACACCCAUGUCCUGCGCUUGCUGCUGCAUCAGAGGGACCUGGAAAUCCAGGGGCUGAGAUGCGCCGCUCAGAAGGAGCCAGCGGCCCGGCUCUCCUUCAUUUUGCAGGAGCUAGUGAGCAUGAGGCAGAGAGUGAGUGCAACCCCCACAAGAUAUCUCUGAACAUGGUUUGGAAUUGGAGAGAAGUGCAAUGAUCUUGUGGGUUUCUGUAGGUACCAAACCAAAAGAGACCAGCCAGAGCAUCUCCAAAAGGAAAUAGACAGACUGAGCUCUGAAUUGCAGGCUGAAAAGGAGCUCCAUAUGAGGGAGAUGCAGGUCUUGAAGGAGAAACUCUGCAAAUCAGAGCUGUUGGUGCAGCAACUGUACAAAGAGAUCGCGAGGCUGGAGAAGUCACAGCCUGGGAGACCUGCCCAAGGCCUCCGAGCGCCACAGGAAACAGAGGCCAAUGUGAAGCAGGAUGAUAAGCCAGAAACUGAGAGUUUCGAGCUUUGGUCAGAGACACAAAACAACAACAUAGUGGCAGAGCCUAGUAACAUGAUGCUGCGGAGGAUCCCCAAGCACAUGAGCUUCCUGGAUUCAUUCUUCAAGGAUAGAGAUCCAGCAACACUUCAGAUGGAAAAGGACGAUGGAAGAACCCAGAUAUCAGAAGUAGUUCAAGCAGAAUUCAACCUCUACGGCACGUCCUCUACAGAGUCAGAGGGCAGAUGGAAAAUAAAUGAUCUUAGCAACUUCAGUUCAAGUCAAGAGCUGGCUAGUUUACCUGCGAGAAAGGAGAGGAAACUACAAUCAGAAAGUUCUCGGUGGGAGGCGAUCUCUUCUCCAAAAUCAGAUCUUGUUUCUGCACCAAGCAGGUCUGAAGUUGCGGUAUUGUUCCCCAGUCUCCCACUGUCCUGGGAGGACAUCCAGCCCAAACACUCUGGUUCUCUGGAUCUGAAGACGGACCAGUCCCAGGAUCUGUGCCGUCCCACUCAUGCCGGUCUUGGUGGGAUAGGAGUUUGCAAGACAUCUGUGAUGCCCUCAGAUCUGAGCAAAGGUGAAGAACAUGAAAGGGUUCCUGGGGACACAGGAUUCCUAAAGAUCACCACCGUGAAUUGUAAGGGCAAAUUCGUUCGAAUCCUCAACACCUCAUUGGACCAAGACGUGGACCUGAGCGGCUUCAUCAUCCAGCAGUGGAUUGGAGGGUACCCGGUGUCCAUCUACCGCUUCCCCCCAGACACCAUGCUGCCCGCACUGCAUCACGUCACGGUCUGGGCUGCAGGAGCUGAUUGCACCCAUAAAAAACCCGCAGACGUGACACUGAGGACCCAGCAGUAUUUCAGAACGGGCCCAGAAUGCACCACAGUCCUCAGCAAUGCAAAGGGCCAGGUCUUCAAGACAGCUCUGGAUACAACAAUUCCUACGGUGGCGCUGAUAGGACAGAAGAGUGCUCGAUCUAAAUACGGCUUCAAGCACAUGGCUUACCUACCUACCACUACUGACAUGCAGCUUAGGAGAUACUGUCCUGCUAGAUGA